GCGCUGUCACAACAGCCAGAGCCUCUGACAGAUAGAGAGGGGCAUUGUGGGAACUGACAGCGGGUUUUCGGCGGGUUCUGUUAAAAUGGCGCCGUUGCCAAUGGAUGCUAGUGCGUUAACCGUUAACGGUUAGGGUUACAAAGAAGCGUUUCCCGGGAGCUGCCGCUGGUUGGACGCCCACAGAAUGGCGGCCCCGGAUCAGAAGUCUCCUAACGUUCUGCUGCAGAACCUGUGCUGUCGGAUACUGGGCAAGGGGGAAGCGGAUGUAGCCCAGCAGUUCCAGUAUGCGGUUCGUGUCAUCGGGAGCAACUUUGCGCCAACUGUUGAAAGAGAUGAAUUUCUUGUUGCUGAAAAAAUUAAAAAAGAAUUCGUGAGACAGAGGAGAGAGGCAGAUGGUGCUCUGUUUUCAGAGCUUCAUAGAAAGCUACAGUCACAAGGUGUACUGAAGAACAGGUGGUCUAUACUCUACCUCUUGCUUAGUCUCAGUGAAGAUCCUCGGAAGCAACCAAACAAGGUGUCUAGCUACGCAACACUAUUUGCCCAGGCUUUGCCUCGCGACGCUCAUUCAACACCUUAUUACUAUGCGAGGCCUCAGAGCCUCCAACUUAACUACCAGGAACGCAAUGCACAGUCUGCACAGAGCUCGGCGAGUAUGGGAAGCAGUGGCAUUGGCAGUAUUGGCAUGUACUCCUUAAAUGGACCAACUCCUACGCCGCCGUCAUUUGUCCAGGGGCAGUCCUAUCAAACCUCAGGGAUGGGGGACUCUCUUCGGCAGCAACUAGGCUCGCGUCUAGCUUGGACUCUAGCUGCUGGUCAGCAGCCAGCGUUGCAGAACACUACCUCCAAAGGCCUUCCAAAUGCUAUGGCCCGUGCUGUGCCAAGAACUAAGAGAGAAGGUGAUCCCAGCGGGUCUGUUGAAGUUACAGAGUCCUCUUUGGUCCGGGAUAUUUUAUAUGUUUUCCAAGGAAUAGAUGGCAAAUGUAUAAAAAUGUGCCCUUCAGAAAACUGCUACAAAGUUGAUGGCAAAGUGGCACUGUCAAAAUCCCUGAGAGAUACGACAAGCAGGCUGGCAGAACUUGGGUGGCUUCAUAAUAAAGUCAGAAAAUACACAGAUCAGAGGAGCCUGGAUCGUGCUUUUGGACUUGUUGGACAGAGUUUUUGUGCUGCAUUACAUCAGGAGCUCAAAGAAUAUUAUCGUCUUCUUUCUGUUUUACACUCUCAGCUACAGGUUGAAGAUGACCAAGGUGUAAACUUAGGGAUAGAAAGCAGUUUAACUCUUCGCCGUCUUUUGGUUUGGACAUAUGACCCCAAAAUUAGACUGAAGACACUUGCAGCACUAGUGGACCACUGUCAAGGACGAAAAGGAGGAGAGCUGGCAUCGGCAGUGCAUGCAUACACUAAAACUGGUGAUCCAUACAUGCGCUCACUGGUGCAACAUAUUCUAGGCUUGGUGUCGCAUCCCAUCCUUAAUUUCUUAUACCGUUGGAUAUAUGAUGGAGAGUUGGAGGAUACCUACCAUGAGUUCUUUGUAGCAUCUGAUCCUACGGUGAAAACAGACCGACUGUGGCACGACAAAUAUACGCUAAGGAAAUCUAUGAUUCCAUCUUUCCUGACGAUGGAUCAAUCUAGAAAGGUUCUCUUGAUUGGGAAGUCCAUCAAUUUUUUACAUCAAGUGUGCCAUGAUCAAACACCAACCGCAAAGAUGAUGGGUGUUGCCAAAGCCGCAGAGUCGCCUAAAGAUGCUGCAGACUUGUUUACGGAUUUGGAAAAUGCCUUCCAGAGUAAAAUCGAUGCGGCGUAUUAUGAGACUAGCAAAUACCUGCUAGAUGUCUUGAACAAGAACUAUAACCUACUCGAACACAUGCAGGCCAUGAGGCGCUACCUCUUACUUGGACAGGGAGACUUUAUACGGCACUUAAUGGAUUUAUUAAAACCAGAGCUUGUCCGUCCAGCCACCACGUUGUACCAGCACAAUCUUACUGGUAUUCUGGAGACUGCUGUAAGGGCAACCAAUGCCCAGUUUGACAAUCCUGAAAUUCUCAAACGCUUGGAUGUCAGACUUCUAGAGGUAUCUCCUGGAGACACGGGAUGGGAUGUAUUCAGCUUAGACUACCAUGUAGAAGGUCCUAUUGCCACAGUGUUCACAAGGGAGUGCAUGAGCCAUUACCUCAGGGUGUUUAACUUCCUGUGGCGGGCAAAGAGGAUGGAAUAUAUUCUCACAGACAUGUGGAAAGGUCAUAUGUGCAAUGCAAAGUUAUUGAAAAGUAUGCCUGAGCUCUCUGGGGUGCUUCAUAAGUGUCACGUCCUGGCUUCAGAAAUGGUCCAUUUCAUUCAUCAGAUGCAGUAUUACAUCACAUUUGAGGUUCUGGAGUGUUCUUGGGAUGAGCUGUGGAACAAAGUACUGCAAGCACAGGAUUUGGAUCACAUAAUAGCUGCACAUGAAGUAUUCUUGGACACAAUUAUAUCCAGGUGUCUGCUGGACAGUGAAUCAAGAACUCUUCUUAAUCAGCUUCGAGCUGUCUUUGAUCAGAUAAUUGAAUUUCAGAAUGCACAGGACACAAUGUACAGGGCUGCUUUGGAGGAGUUACAACGCAGAUUACAGUUUGAAGAGCGGAAAAAAGAAAGAGAGUCAGAGGGAGAAUGGGGGGUGACCGCUGCAGAAGAGGAGGAGGAGAAAAGAAAGGUUUUGGAAUUUCAAGAAUCUAUACCGAAAAUGCAGUCACAGUUAAGAAUUCUCACUCAUUUCUAUCAAGGUAUUGUCCAGCAAUUUUUGAUUUCACUGACAACCAGUACAGAUGAAAGCUUGAGGUUUUUAAGCUUUAGGCUGGACUUCAAUGAACAUUAUAAAGCAAGGGAACCUAGACUGCGUGUUUCACUUGGCACUAGAGGGCGACGCAGCUUACAUAUAUAAAGAACCUGGCACGCCGAUAAUAAAUACUACAGCCAAACCAAAUUGUGUGCAGCGCUUAGCUUCUAUUAAGUAUGCUGGCAGCAAGUCUUUAGCAUUUCAUUGUAUGGUCAUACACGGAGGGUUAAUAGUCAUAUACAAUGGGUCUUUUAUAUGUUGUGGUCCAUUUCUGAACAAAAUAAAGUGCAUCUGUUUACACUGUAAAUUUCAGUAAUGUAUAUUUUUAUGAGAUACCUUCUUUGUGCUUUUUAAAUUUGUGUUAAACCUUAAUUAUUUAGAAAAACACGAUUGCACAUCCUUGUGACAAAUGUUCAUGGAUUUAUUUGAUUAGUCCUGUUUUAAAUGGUCAAUGUACUUUUAAAACUUAAUUUCCAAAUCUGGUUUCUUGAAACUAAACUUUUUUUAAUGUAUCAUUUAUGUUGACAGUGUGAAUAAAUUCAACACAUUUACCAAUUA